GUAGUCGAUGCGUCCAACUUCUGCGUCUUCUUGCCUCCCUCAGACUCGGUCGAUCGCCUCAUUUCUGAUACUGAGUGGGACGGAGACGCCUUCUGUCUCGGCUCAACCCCAGAGGCAACCGGGGCCGAAACAAUGCCCACCGACUUUAUUCAGUCUGCUCACUUUGUAGCCACAGAUGAGUACGUCCAAGUAACCGGCCAAAUCGACCCAUCCAAGGCCAAUCUCAAUGUAUCUGACGAAGGUGGUCAGUUUGACGUCAGAGCUCCCAUAGGAUCCACCUGUGCUGGUUGGACCUACUAUGUCAAUCUUAUUGAACCCAUCAAUUUGACUUAUUGUAUGAGAUGUUGCAAUGACACAACAAACUGUAACCGUGGUAUCUCUGAGAAAGGAUGUGCCCACAUUAUCCCCGGUGACUAU